CCGAAACAGACAGCGCGCUGUUACACACACGACCGCGCUCGCGCAUUACAUCGGCCGACUUUAUCAAUCGCGAACUUCUACCAUCACAAAUGUUUUAUUUAAUAACAGUUUAAAGUACACAUUUGUUCGUAUUAUACAAAAUACAUAUAAAAUAACUGUGCACGCAAUAUUUAAUGUGUCACUUAUGAACAAGCAAAAAUUAUAACAGUCGACAUUUCCGAACGAAACACACCGUCAGUCGUGUUUUGUGCCAGUGUUUUUUGUUUUGUUUUUAAUUUUUAAUUAUUCAAAAUUAAUUGGGAAAUAGAAAAAACCACUAAAAGUGUAAUUAAGAGUAUAUAUACAGUGGUGGUGUGUUAUGUUUUAUUUAUUUUAAGUGGGAUUUUGGUAGUUAUUUACAAAAUGGCGAACGCAUUGGCAGUGCUGCAGGGUCUCGGACAGAAAGUUCGCGGGAAAGAACACAACGAAUGCAGAAUACUGCAAAUUAAUAUGCCACCACCUACAUCUGUGGAUAUCGAAUUUAAAAAUAUAACAAUGACGGUCAGCGAAGGAUUGACUUCUAAAAAAACAAAGACGAUCCUCAAACAAGUGUCAGGCGUGUUCAAGUCAGGUCAACUCACAGCGAUCAUGGGCCCGUCAGGCGCUGGCAAGUCAUCACUCAUGAACGCACUCACUGGCUUCUCGGUUCAAGGCGUAACCGGAACGAUACGAGCGGGCAACAGCGUAUGCGUUCUGGAGGAGAAGGCCAAGUCCAUGGACUCCCUGACUGCGUACAGGAAGAAAUCUUGCUACAUCCUACAGGAUGAUAGACUCAACCCGCUCUUCACGGUUGCCGAACUUAUGAAAUUCGCCGCCGAUAUGAAACUCGGUUAUACAUUAACUGAAAAACUUAAACAUAGUGUGGUAACAGAAAUUUUGGAUACUUUAGGGUUGUCGGGCACGGAGAACACACGAUGCUGCAAUUUAUCCGGAGGUCAGAGGAAAAGGUUAUCCAUUGCGGUAGAGUUGAUCGACAACCCUCCUGUGUUAUUUUUGGAUGAACCUACAACAGGUCUGGACAGCCUGACGUCAAAGCAAUGCGUUGAAAUGCUGAAAGCGCUGGCUCGCGACGGCCGGACCGUCGUCUGCACAAUACACCAGCCUUCAGCAUCUCUCUACACAUUAUUUGAUCAUGUAUACGUGUUAGCUGAGGGCAUGUGUAUAUAUCACGGCUCCAGCGAGGACACAGUUCCGUACCUCGCCGCUGUCGGUCUGCAGUGCCCCAAGUACCACAAUCCUGCUGAUUACAUACUAGAAAUAGCAAACUUAGAAUACGGCAACUUCAACGAGCAACUGGCAGCUCGAUGUUCUUGUCCCGAUGACAACGUGAUACCAUCACCUCCAACGCCAACAAACUCUGACGAGGUGAAGUUCUCGUGCGGCAAGAUGUCCACUAUCAUACGACGUCCUCAUGAGAUCUACAAGUUCAGUAUACUGUUCAAACGAUGUAUCAUACAGCAGUAUAGAGAUUGGACGGUGACCCACUUGAAAGUACUGCUGCACAUUGUGAUCGGCGUGCUGAUCGGGCUGCUGUACGAGGAGGCGGGCAGCAACGGCAACAAGACCGUCAACAACUUGGGUUACUUCAUCGUCUCCUCCGCAUACCUCUGCUAUACAUCACUCAUGCCCGCUGUACUUAGAUUUCCUCUGGAGUUGGCCGUGUUGAAAAAAGAAAACUUCAACAAUUGGUACAACCUCAAGACUUAUUAUGCUGCUAUCCUGGUCACUGGCAUACCGUUACAGAUAUGGUUUAGCUUCGUGUAUUCAGCACCGUCGUAUUUCCUGUCAGGUCAGCCGCCGGAGUUCUGGCGCUUUGGCAUGUUCGUCCUGGUGCUCGCAAAUAUCACGCUCCUCGCGGAUGCGGUCGGAAAUGUCAUCGGCACAUGUGUAAAUCCUGUUAACGGAACGUUUAUCGGAGCGAUAACGACGUGUGCGAUGAUAGCGUUCGCGGGCUUUCUGGUGUUGUUCGCGCACAUGACACCGGCCAUGCGUCUUGUCUCCUACAUGUCAUUCCUGCGCUACGCAUUCGAGGGCCUCGUACUUUCUAUGUACUCGUAUGGCCGUGCGCCACUCGUCUGCCCCAAUGACGUCAUCUACUGUCAUUUAAGGUAUCCUAAUAAAGUUCUUGAAGAGUUCAGUAUGAACCCUGACAACUACUGGAUUAACAUCAGUAUACUACUCACAGAGAUCGUCGUCGUCAGGAUACUGGCUUACUUCACACUCAGACGGACUGUCAAAAAAUCCUCGUAAUAAUAGAUUGUAGUUGAAAUCAGUGAUUUAUUUAUUAAGUAUUUGUGUCACCGUAAAAUUGUAAGCUUAUUAUUUCUCUAGCGAUAUACAUAAAAGCUAAGAAAAAAAUUUUGAUUGGCUUACUUUAUAAUAGUUUGUAAUCUAUUGAUUUCUCAAUCAAAUUAUGAACUAAUAAUGUUACAGAUACACGAUAAAAUACACUAGACGCUCAGUGUACAUAUAUGUAUACAAAUCGACUGUAUACAUGUGAACACCGCUGUGACAGUUGUCAGCGUCUUCGUGUAUCCUAAGCUUAUUUAAGAUAAUUCGCGUCAGAGCAUUAAAGGAGAGUACAUAACUCAAUGCUAUUUUGUUUACUAUUAUGGCACAUAAAUGUAUAGAGUUAUUUAAAAAAAUACUAGUAUCAAAGACUGUUUGUUUUAUUAAAGUGGUAGUUUCGAUUCAGUAGAUUUUUUUUCAGAUUACAAACUAGCGAUAUUGAAGAUUAGUCGGUGACAUUUUAUUUUUAAGAUUAAGGUGGUGGCACAACAAGCAAGGAUUGGCGGGUACUACCAUGGCGCUAAGAUUUUUUUUGCCUUGCCAUAGACUUAAUUAUUUUUUACUUUUAUAUUAAUUAAAAGUAGUGUUGCCGUUACUUAAAUAUUUUUAAAGAAUUCGUUUUCGUGAACCGAAACAAAAAUUGGUGCAUUUAUGAGUUACAAUUGUAAGAUUAUUCAAGUAAGAAAUAAAAGAUCACUUAUCUGUUAAAUAAAAGAGU